CGCCUCCAGUCGGACAGGGACACGGGUCCUUUAAGGGAAGUAGGUCCGGCCCGCGGGCGCGGCAGGGGUGUGGCCUCCCAGAGUUCCUCCGCGGGCGGCGGCAGGCACGGGCUGCCCGGGACCCAGGCGAAGGCGGCCGGCGGCGUGAGGCGAUCAGAAGCUUCCAGCCUCUCCAGAGUCGCAGUGAGCGAGUGCAGAGGGCCACGAGCUGUCAUCUCCCAUUCUGAUUGGCUGUCAGAGAUCAGAGAGGACCCCAGAGACAGUGACCGGGACUCGGGGGACAGCGGGCGCAGGGAAGGGCCGGGACUUGGCCGACGUCCCCCGGCAAGCGGCCGAGUGCAGCCCCUGGGUCGCCGCCAUGUCCAGCCCGUUCCUGAAGCAGGUCUUCAACAAGGACAAGACCUUCCGGCCCAAGCGCAAGUUUGAGCCGGGCACGCAGCGCUUCGAGCUGCACAAGCGGGCGCAGGCCUCGCUGCACGCGGGGCUGGACCUGCGCCAGGCCGUGCAGCUGCCGCCGGGCGAGGAGCUCAAUGACUGGGUGGCCGUGCACGUGGUGGACUUCUUCAACCGCCUCAACCUCAUCUACGGCACCGUGAGCGACGGCUGCACGGAACGCUCCUGCCCCAUCAUGUCCGGGGGCCCCAAGUACGAGUACCGCUGGCAGGACGACCACCGCUUCCGCAAGCCCACGGCGCUGUCCGCCCCGCGCUACAUGGACCUGCUCAUGGACUGGGUGGAGGUGCAGAUUAACAACGAGGAGAUCUUCCCCACCAACGUCGGCACCCCGUUCCCCAAGAACUUCCUGCAGGCCGUGCGGAAGAUCAUGUCACGUCUCUUCCGCGUCUUCGUGCACGUGUACAUCCACCACUUCGACCGCAUCGCGCAGAUGGGCUCCGAGGCGCACGUCAACACCUGCUACAAGCACUUCUACUACUUUGUCACUGAGUUCGGGCUCAUCGACACCAAGGAGCUGGAGCCGCUGAAAGAAAUGACCGCCCGGAUGUGUCACUAAGGCCCAGCCAGCCCCAGAGACUCAUGCCGGGCAUCUCAGACUCGGACAGCUUCAGUCCCUCCGCUGAGUGUCACGGGGACUUUCUGCCCUCACCAGCUGGCUGCACCGAGUCCUCAGAAGCCUGGGACCACGGAUUCCUCCCUCCACGGCCACAAGUCGCCUGCCUGAGCCUCAGCCUCCCAUCUGUGGAGGCGGAGGCAGGACUUGAACUCGGGGCCAAGCGUCCUCAGCGACCAGGAAGCUGCGUCUACAGGAGGACGCCCUGCCCCGUCCCUCAUCCCAGCCCCCACUGCCCUUUCCAAAGAGGUACUGCUGGGCCCCUUGGGACCUUGGUCACCCAGGGGUCCCUCUCUGGCCACCUCAGUUCCUGCAGCAGCCCCUGGUCUGUAGAUUCAGGCCCUGGGCCUAAUGUGACCCUCCUGCCUCAGCCUCAUCUUAAAGCUGUCAUCACCAGGGAGUAGGAGACUGAAUUUGUGGACCACCUCACACUCAGGCAUCUUGACAGCCUCCUAAAGCUGUUUUAAAACUGAUCACAGGGGCUCACACUUGGGAGGCUGAGGCAGGAGGACUGCCGAGAGUUCAAGGUCAGCCUAGGCCGCCUUCCCAGACCCUGUCUCCCCACAAACAAAAUUUUUUUAAACCAGUUCACCUCAAGCCUGCUCUCCGGAGCUGUCAUCCAAGAAUGAAUUCGCUUGGGGCCAGUUCCCUCAUCCAUUGCUGCCCAGGCAUCGGCCUACCCUGGGUUCUGAGAACCUUCCGGUGAAAACCACUUUGUAAGCUGGCAUGGCAGCACCCUCCCAUCACCCCAGCCCUCUGGGAGGCUGAGGCAGGAGGAUCCAGAGUUCAAGCCCAGCCUGGGCAAUGUAGCAACUUGAAAUAAAAAACUAAGAAAGAAGUGGAGGGCAGAGCUGGGGCAGAGGCGCAGGGAUGCAUCCCCGGUACCACGGAAACAAACCAAAGAAGAUCAUUGCUGUCUGCGCCCUGCUGGGCCAGGAGACCGCACUCCAGGCCUCCCUUUGAGACCAUCUCGGCCACACCUGCCCCGGCUGCAUCUUUGACCCCAGCAGCCCGCUCACAGCUGAACCAGUGCAAUUACCACAGUGCUGGGGACCCAGCCUUGGUCCCAGAGGCCACCAGGCGGCACUCAGAGCCCCGGGACUCUGCCCGACAGGUGGCCUGGCUGUGUCUCCUGGCCGCAGCAAACUCCAGACCCGGGCGCCCUGCCCCUGAGGACGCCAUCCCCCACCCCCGCCACCAGCCUGCAAAUAAAAUUUCGGUACCAGG